CAGACAACAAACGUCAUCACUAGCAGAUUAUACACAGCAGCGUACAGUUGAUAUAUUUUUCCGAGUUUGUCAUCGGAUUAAUUGACCAAAGAAACCGAUAACCUCUAGUUUUAACUAAAAACUGGAUUUUCAAAAGGUUCAUUGGAAUGUUAAUGUAAUUUGUAGGCUUUCCUCCUAAACCACUUGCUUGAAGAAUGUGGCUAAAGUUUUGGAUAAUCGCCUUAGUGAUUGGCUCACUUGUCAUCGCCGAAGAAGACGGUAAAAUAGCCGAGGAAACCGGUUCUGAUAUUGAAGCAACUGGAGAAGAGAACCAAGAUGAAACUGAAGCAACAACUGAUAGAGUGGAGACUUUCAGUGCUGAUAUAAAUUUUAAUUCGUGGAGUGAACUGUAUGACUAUUUGAAAGAAAUCGAAGAAGCCACAAGUGAGAAUACUGAAGAUGCUGUAGAAUCUGCUGUCCGAUUGCAACUCAUGACAGAUGGAGAUGCCCUGACUUUAGACGGGGAGAAUAACGAAGAGGGGGAACCUGUCAUUGUUCAUGGAACAAUCAGUGAUGUGAUACAUGAAGUCCCUGCACCUGACCUAAGCCAAAGCAAAGUACUGAUUGGUGAUGAAGAAGAUGCUCAAAAAUCUGAUAAAUCUAAAAUUAUUACCACUAAAGCUGACUGGACUUUUAUCCAACAUACUUUGAAGACAUUGGAUGAAAAAGAGACUUCUGUUGCACCCAAUCCUGAAGAUGAAGCUUUAGAUGAAGAUCUUACUGAAGAAGAACGAAAAGGCAAAGAAAUCUUUGAGAAGGGUAAACAGAUCACUACUCUGACACGAGCCAACCGUAAGCUAGCCCACAAUAUGUUCGUGGAGGCUGCCGAACUCGGAUACAUCCCGGCAAAAGAACGAGUUGCCUGGUCACAGUUGCUGGGAUCGAAUUCUCUCGAAGAGCUCCCCAUUGCAAGAAAAACUUUUGAAGAGCUAGCUGAUUUAGGAAAGCCAGAUUCUCAAACGGCAAUGGGAUUUUUAUACGCCACUGGACUGGGAGGUCUGGAAUCGAAUGGAGCCAAAGGUCUACUUUACUACACUUUUGGUGCCAUCGGUGGGUCGUCGUGGGCCCAAAUGGCUUUGGCUUACCGAUACUGGUCAGGUAUUGGUGUGACCCCAAGUUGUGAGAAGGCGUUGGACUUUUACCGUCGAGUGGCCGCUGGAGUAGCAGAUGAGUUAACCCUUUCUGGUGGUACAGCGGUGCAUCGCUUGCGUUUGCAUGAUGAAGCAGAGAAUCCAGGUCAAUCGUCAGGCGUCCUGGAUUCAGAUCUCAUCAGUUAUUAUCAACUGCAAGCAGAAAAAGGAGACGUUAAAGCUCAGCUGGGAUUGGGGCAGCUACAUUAUCAGGGUGGUCGCGGUGUCGAGCAGGAUCACCAACGAGCUUUGAAUUACUUUUUACGAGCUGCCGACGCAGGUGAUGCUCACGCCAUGGCUUUCCUCGGCAAGAUGUAUUUAGAAGGAAGUGAAGCAGUGCCCCAAGAUAAUGCAACAGCCUUUCAAUACUUCAAAGCAGCGGCUGAGCGUAAUAAUCCCGUUGGCCAGGCUGGACUCGGUUUGAUGUACCUUCAUGGUCGACACGUUGAAAAGGACGUCAAUAAAGCUUUCCAGUAUUUCAAUUCUGCUGCUGACCGUGGAUGGGUGGAUGGUCACCUCCAACUCGGCAACAUGUACCUUGCUGGAUUGGGUGUCCGACGUGACUAUAAGUUGGCAAUCAAAUACUUCAACUUGGCUUCACAAGCCGGCAAUACUUUGGCAAUAUAUCAGCUAGCUCAAAUGCAUGCCGCCGGAACUGGAAUGAUUCGCUCGUGUCAUACUGCUGUAGAGCUUUUUAAGAACGUCGUCGAACGAGGAAAAUGGGCCGAUAAGUUAAUGGAAGCCUACUCCGACUAUCGAGACGGACACGUCAACGAAGCUCUGAUUAAAUACAUGCUGCUGUCCGAUCUGGGCUACGAAGUGGCACAGAGCAACGCCGCUUUCAUCCUCGACCGUAAGGAGAGUGAUUUGUUCAACGUCAACGAAACGAUGGUAAGAGCAUUACAAUACCUUGGACGUGCAGCUUCUCAGGGCUACGCUCCUGCUCGUGUUCGUCUGGGUGAUUACUACUAUUAUGGUUGGGGAGCCGACGUGGAUUUUGCUUCAGCAGCUGUCCACUAUCGUAUCGCCUCUGAUCAAUUGCACAGCGCCCAAGCCAUGUUCAAUUUGGGGUACAUGCAUGAGCAAGGAUUGGGAAUGAAACAGGACAUCCAUUUAGCCAAAAGGUUUUACGAUAUGGCCGCCGAAGCAAGUACCGACGCCAAAGUGCCCGUUGCUCUUGCCCUUGCCAAGUUGUCGGUUCUAUUCGGCCUUCGCUACAUGACAGAGAAUGAUUGGCAGGACCUAACAAUUUCGCUGGACCCUGCCACUUAUUUAGGCCCUGAUUGGGACUUGUACCUCAUUACAACAUUGCUCGGACUGCUCGUACUGGUCGUUUACCUGAGGAGACCUCAGCCUUGAGAAGGAGAGAAACUGUGUAACAUCUUUUCUUUCUUUUCAUUUUGAUUUUGAAACAAGUAAAACUAUUGGGGGGUCUUUGUAAUAUAUCGAAAUCUUUGUGAAUCCGCAAGACACAUGAACAGUUGCGGUCGCGGGUCCAGUUCAAUAAAAUCCAACAGUGAAUUCGA